CUUCCUCUACGACGACACCCUCCGCGCCCACCAUGAGCGAGCCGAAAUACGACCCCGUGUGCCUCGCCACCGGCGACGACCUGUUCGUCAUGAGCAACCCGCCGGAGUCCCGCGGCCGGUCCGCGGAGGCGCUCGCCGACCAGACGGACCGGCUCCGCCGGUCCGAGCUGCACUGGCGCCCCGUCCCGACGCCGUCCUUCACCAAGCCGCAGCCCGGCGGCGGAUCUGAUCAGGCCGGAUUCGUCGUCGACGCCUACACGGUGGUCGGCGGGGCCUCGGUCUGGCUCUCGGUCGGACGACACGGCACCUACUCCGUGGACAUGGAGAAGAUCGCCUACGGGGUCCACGGCAACGACAUCUGCCAUGGCGAGUGGAGCAAGGAAGGGGAUUGGCCGCUGCCCUUCUCCGGCCGCGCCGUGUACGCCCCGGAGCGGGACCUCUGGUUCGGCUUCGCGGCGAGCGACCAGACCGUGCUCUGCGCCGCGGAUCUGAAGCAGCAGCAAGGGCGGCCGCCGGUGGCGAGGCACCGGUGGGAGGGUUUCGGAGUGCCCAAGGAGCACUGCCAGGCGCCGGUGAAGUCGUUCCUCGUGCACCUGGGCGGCACGGACGGCCGAUUCUGCGUCGCCAAGUUCUCGACUGACGCGGAUGGGCAUCGUACGGCCAGGCUCACCGGCGUCGAGGUGUCACGCUGCGUCGACGGCAAAGAUCUCUGCGCCGUAAAGCAUAAGACGUACCAUUAUGGAGGAUUCGGCGAUGACGAUUGCCCCGUCUCUCUACUUUAAUCUUUUGGUCAUAUCUCAAGAGUCUGAUUUUGAAGUAAAACAUUUUAAUCUCAAUCGACAGUAUCAGAGUGUCGGAUUAGUAUA